UAAAAAAGGAAACAAACAACAAAGUUCCCUUUUCCUUCAACUCUACCAAAGUCUCGUUAAUCAUGAUGUUGACGAGUGUCGCGAAGGUGCCCGCCAGAAGAAGCAGCAGCAGUCGGGGAAAGUUUGAAGCAAUGAUCACCGGCUUCUUCCGAGGCGGUGGUUGUUGGAGGAACGGUUCUACGUGCGAGAGGGCGGUGACGGAGCUGCAAAACCGACUGAGAAACCUGAAGAACGAGAGGGAAAAACGGGUCCAGGACCGUACCGGCAAAAUAGCUCGGUUCGUAGACGAUGGAGACGUGGGUGCGGCCUUCGUGGCCGCGGAGCAGAUAGUGAGGGAGGAGAACGCGAUCCGGAUCCUCGAGUUGCUGUACCAUUCGUGCGAGAUCGUCGUCGCAAAUCUCACCUACAUCCGCCGACACUCGGACUGCCCUAGGGAGAUCAACAAGGCGGUAUCCACGCUGGCUUUCGCCGCCCCACGUUGUCCCGAUCUCCUCGAGCUUUGGAUCCUUCGACAGCUCUUCUUCGAGCGUUACGGCGAGUUCUACGACGUUGCGGCGGCGGAUGCUGAACUUGAGGGUUUCCGGGGAAGUUGCGUUGACUCGGAAGUGGCGAGAAGGCUGGAGUCGAGGCAUGCUAGGGUUCCUUAUCCUACCACGCUUGUAACGGUUUGUGCGAUACUUCACAAGGACGUUGGAGCUCGCCACGAGGAAUUAGUACCACUGGAUCCUGAAGAUUUGCAGCAGUAGUACUAUAGUAGUGCCUAUUUAGUUUUGGAGAAGUUAUUGUAAGUGGUUUAGAGAGGAAAAAGCAUUUGGACAAAGUAGUGGUGUAAUUUAGGGUUUCGUUAUUUUGAAUCAUUAUACUGAAAAGUUAAUCAAAUGUUGUGCUUCUUUAGGUUGUGUGGACGGCACUUUCUUAGUGCAUGUUGUUGUUAAACACAUUUUCUUAGUUAGUAAUAUACAUAUUUUAAGUAA